UUCUAAUACAUUCUCAUUGAAAUAUGUGCAGAUAUACAGAGGCAAUUCGAGAAUUCAAUAAAAUACUGCUUUACAUUUUCAAGACUAAGCAGUAUCACCAAAAAUCUCCUCAAUAUGAACAGAUACUGAAAAAGAACGAGCAGAUGUAUGCCUUGCUUGCAGUUACCCUUUCCCUUUGUCCUCAAUUAAAGCUUGUUGAGGAGACCGUGAACUCUCAGCUGCGAGAGAAGUAUGGUGAAAAAAUGUUGAGGAUGCAAAGAUAUGAUGAUGAGGCAUUUGCUCUAUAUGAUGAGCUCUUCUCUUAUGCAUGCCCAAAGUUCAUCACUCCCUCUGCCCCAAGCUAUGAAGAGCCUCUUGUUAAUUACAACCAGGAUGCUUAUAGACUACAGUUGAAGCUGUUUCUUUAUGAAGUGAAGCAGCAACAACUACUAGCAGGCAUUCGGACCUUCUUAAAUGUGUACUCUACCAUCUCCCUUGCGAAGCUAGCCUCGUAUAUGGAAGUUGAUGAGCAUACUUUGAGGACAAUUUUGAUGACAUACAAACACAAGAUGCAUUCUGUUGAUUCAGAUGGAAAAAUUGUCUCCAAUUUAGAUACCAACUUCUACAUUGAUGAUGACAUGGUUCAUGUUGUUGAAUCCAAAGCACCGAAGAAAUAUGGUGAUUACUUUAUGCGCCAAAUUGUCAAGCUUGAAGGGAUAAUGACUGAUAUCGACAGAAUAAAGCUGGAGUAAGAAUUAGAGUUUUGCUCUAUGAUUUGCCCUUUUCUCGGUUUUUGUAUGGCCCCGAAGAGGAAGAAAGACCUGGGGCAGUUUUGUUGCGUCAUUUUUUAUCUUUCGAGAUUGUGUUGCAUUGUUAAAUAUGAUUUGUCUUGAUCUGCUAAGAGAAAAAAAUGCUGUAAUGAAGCUUUUUGCUCGUAUUGUUUGAAUGCUAGAACUCUUGUUAUCAUCAUACGAUUCGUAGGCUGUUUCUUCUGCUGAUCUUGAUAUCAGUUUGCACUUCAAAUUACCAUUAAUGGUAUGUUUCUUUUACAUUGUA